AUGAUGUCAGUUGCUAAAAAACUUAAAAUCGACGAAAUGGUUAAAAAAAUUUGUACUCAUUCGAACUCCUUCCAUGCUGAUGAAGCUUUAGCUGUCUAUAUGCUAAGACUAUUACCUGAAUAUAGGGAUGCUAGUGUCACCAGAUCUAGAGAUCCUGCUGACUGGGAAGCGAGUGAUAUUGUAGUGGAUGUUAGUGGUAAAUAUGAUGGUGUCAAAUUCUUUGACCAUCAUCAACGUGAAUUCUCUGAAACGUUCAAUGAAUCUUAUAAAACAAAAUUGUCAAGUGCUGGUUUAGUCUUUAAGCAUUUCGGUCGUGACAUAAUUUCAAGUGUAUUAACUGGAAACGUCAAUAUUAAAGAAAAUGAAUUAGAUAUUUUAUAUGAUAAAGUUUACAAAAAUUUUAUUGAAGCUUUGGAUGCAAAUGAUAACGGUAUCAAUAACUUUGAUGUCGAUGAAUUAAAAGUUAAGGAAAAAUUUAUUGAUAAAGGUAUCACUUUACCAGGUGUCAUCUCGAACAUGAACCCUGAUUGGAAUGAUGACUGUUCCGCUGCUAAAUUUGAUGAAAUGUUCUUCGUGGCUUCUAAAUUCAUUGGUGACAUUUUCGUUAGAUUAGUAAAGAGAUACGGUGAAUCUUGGCUACCUGCUAAGGCUCUAGUAGCUGACGCUGUCUCGAAAAGAUUCCAAAUUGACCCCUCUGGUAAAAUUAUUUUAUUCGAACAAUUCUGUCCAUGGAAAGAACAUUUAUAUGCUGUUGAAAAAGAAUUAAAUAUUGAAAAUAAAAUUGAAUUCGUAUUGUUUAAGGACUCAGGUAACACUUGGAGGGUUUCUACUGUUCCAGUGAGCUCCACAUCUUUUAAAUUCAGGAGGGGUUUACCAGAACCACUAAGAGGUUUAAGAGACGAAGAAUUAAGUGAGAAAAGUGGUGUCCCAGAUUGUGUUUUCAUCCAUGCAGCUGGUUUCAUCGGUGGCGCGAAAUCUAAAGAUUCUGUCUUAAAGUUAGCCAAAAUGUCAUAUUAA